GCCUCGUCUAACGUUCUCAAACCUCACUGCAGCUCGAGCUAUGCACAUGCCUGCCGGUCCUGACUCAGAGCAGGUGGGCAGUUACCCGGUGACCGCGGUGGUAGUACCGAGACGUGGCGCACAUUGGACCCAAAGUUGCCGAGGCAAUCCCGCCCAGCUCAGAGUAUAAGGUGUAGUUGAGAGUGCCCCGCAAUCAGCAUCAACAAUUGCCCCGCUUCGGUCACUGCUACUACUACUUUCACCUCAACUCUAUCCAUCCACACAAGCAAUAUGCGCGGCAAGGUUUCUCUCGAGGAGGCUUUCGAGCUCCCCAAGUACGCGGCGCAGACCAAGCAGAAGGCCGAGCUGUACAUCGCGCCCAACAACCGCGACCGGUACUUUGAGGAGAUUCUGAACCCGUGCGGCAACCGCCUCGAGCUCUCCAACAAGCACGGAAUCGGCUACACCAUCUACUCGAUCUACUCUCCUGGCCCGCAGGGGUGGACGGACCGGAAGGAGUGCGAGGCGUACGCUCGCGAGUGCAACGACUUCAUCCACAGCGAGAUCUCCAAGCACAAGGACCGCAUGGGCGCGUUCGCCGCGCUCUCGAUGCACGACCCCAAGCAGGCUAGCGAGGAGCUCACCCGCUGCGUCAAGGAGCUCGGCUUCCUCGGUGCGCUCGUAAACGACGUCCAGCACGCUGGUCCCGAGGGCGAGGAGUAUAUCUUCUACGACCAGCCCGAGUGGGACAUUUUCUGGCAGACUUGCGUCGACCUCGACGUCCCAUUCUACCUCCACCCCGAGCCACCCGUCGGUUCGUACUUUAAGCAGCAGUACGAGGGCCGCAAGUACCUCAUCGGUCCCCCCGUGAGCUUCGCCAACGGUGUCUCGCUCCACCUCCUCGGCAUGAUCGUCAACGGUGUCUUUGACCGCUUCCCCAAGCUCAAGGUCAUCCUCGGCCACCUCGGCGAGCACAUCCCGGGUGACUUCUGGCGCAUCGAGCACUGGUUCCAGCACUGCUCGCGCCCCCUCGCCGAGUCCCGCGGCGAUGUCUUCGCCAAGCACCCCCUCCUGCACUACUUCCGCAACAACAUCUGGCUCACCACCUCGGGCAACUUCUCUACGGAGACGCUCAAGUUCUGCGUGGACCACGUCGGUGCCGACCGUGUCCUCUUCUCCGUCGACUCGCCCUAUGAGCACAUUGACGUCGGCUGCGGGUGGUACGACGACAACGCCAAGCAGAUCAUGGAGGCCGUCGGCGGCGAGAAGGCCUACAAGGACAUUGGCCGUGACAACGCCAAGCGUCUGUUCAAGCUCGGCAACUUCUACGACUCGGAGGCGUAGGCGGGCUUGGUGUUGCAUUGCAGUGUGUAUUUUCGUAGGCAUCAUGUGAUGGGUGUGUAUUUGUGAG